GACAGAUAAAUUUUUGUCAGCCGUGGUUAAAUUUCUUCAAAACAAAAGAAUAUUUUUUGUUACUUGUUUGCUUUUAUUAUUUAUCAAUUAAUAAAAGUUUUGGUCGCAAUGGAAAUUAAUUUGAAUGGCUUGUGGGAAAAAAACUGCCUUAUUUGUUUACAAGAAAGUGAGUUCAAAAUGAUUCCAAUUUUGGAAAAUAAAGAUUCAGACAGUCAUAUACUUGAAAAAGUAGUUAAAUGUACAAAUUUUAAGACUGCCGAACUAAAAGAACGAACGUUGUAUCCAAGCAACGUUUGCAAAAAAUGCUAUUUCGAUUUGAAUGUUGCAUAUAAAUUGAUCACCUUAUCGGAACAUUCCAAAAAUAAGCUAGAAAAUUUGAAUAAAAAAUUGCAAAAAUAUGCGAAUGAUGAAUUAUUGAGAAUUGCAGACGAUACAAUUGGGGUUUGUAAAAAGUGUACGGACUCUGAGAAUAUUACUAAAGUUGAAGAAGAAGAUAAUGCGGAUAAUUUCAUUAUCUAUGAAGAGCAUAUUGCAAGCGAUUUUGAAAAUGAAAACAGUAGUGUUAACGACAAUAUUGAAGAGACUAAAAAUGUAAAGUUCAAAAUUACAAAGAAAUUGGAGAAUAAGAAUAUUUUCGAAGAAUCUAAGCAGAGAGCCUUAGAACGAAUAAAUAAAGAGAAAUUUCAAAAAAGUAUAUGCGAUUUAUGUGGUAAUUAUUAUAGUCAAAGUCAUUUGAAAUAUCAUAGGAUGAGGCAUGAUAAAGUAAAAAGAUUUGAAUGCGAAAUUUGCAAAAGAAGAUUCGCUACUGAAACUGAUUUAAGACGUCAUAUGAGAGUCCAUACUGGAGAAAAACCUUAUGCAUGUAAAUACUGUGAUCGAAAAUUUUCAGAUUAUGGUAGCCGAAUAAAACAUGAACGAUGUCAUACAGGAGAAAGGCCGUAUACUUGUCAAACUUGUAACAAGAGUUUCAUGUACUCUCAUGCACUCAAAAAACAUCAAAGCGUUCAUACAGGUUAUAAAGCUUUCACAUGUGAAAUUUGCAAUACCGGAUUUACAAAAAAAGAAUACCUUCAAAAUCACGUUAAGAAACAUAAUGUAGAAGAGAUUCAAAAUGGUAUAAUUAUUUUGGAACAAUCGCCCGUUGAAGCAUCAGAUGCUACAACGUUUUAUUUCGGACUCGCCAAAAACUCAGAGAAUACAGGGAGUAAAUUAAAAAUUAAAGCGGAAAAUUAAAUCUAAUUGCAUGACAUUUAGUUAUUUAAAAUAUGUAAUUCAUAUAGCUUGUAAGUUAAAUCAAGCAAAAAUCUAAUAAAACUUUACAAAAGAUCGACAUUUACAAAAAAAUUUCUGA